GGAUAGAGGGGGAGAGGGAGCCGGUGCCUGCGAUUGGUAAAGCUCCACGAAGGCAUCUGCCAGCAGGACUUCAGAGGAAUGUGAAACCAAAUCAUUUAGAAGUUAAAGAUAGACGCAGGAUACACAGCAUCUUGAGCCAAGGUUUAAAUUCAUCCCUCUCUGCCUGGCUUCUCGCAAAGCUCUGCUUCUCAGCUUGCCUCUGUCUCCUCUAGCAGCUGUAAUAUUCCCUAAAAACAUAACAUUCUGGAUACUUGGGAAGUACUAAGGUGGCAAAAGAGAUCAUGGUGCAUACGGUGGGGAUCUGAUCUGGGCACUCUGAGGCAGACGAAGCAGGGAACAGAGCAAGAGAUCGGAGGAGCAUCAUUUCUACGGUGAGGCAGCAGAACAGUGUCAGCAGCAAUGAAAUGAGAGCAAUCAUUUCCUCGAAUGGAAUGAUUGAAGAUUGUGGGAAAAGAGGAAAUACCAUGGCAGAAAGAAGGCAGCUGUUUGCAGAAAUGCGGGCUCAGGAUCUGGAUCGCAUCCGUUUGUCCACCUACCGAACAGCGUGCAAGCUUAGAUUUGUUCAGAAGAAAUGCAACUUGCACCUGGUGGACAUCUGGAAUGUGAUCGAAGCCUUGCGGGAGAACGCCCUGAACAACCUGGACCCCAGCAUCGAACUGAACGUGGCUCGCCUGGAAGCUGUGAUUUCAACCAUCUUCUACCAGCUCAACAAAAGGAUGCCCACCACCCAUCAGAUCAACGUGGAGCAGUCCAUCAGCCUGCUGCUCAACUUCCUGCUGGCGGCCUUUGAUCCGGAAGGACAUGGAAAAAUUUCCGUUUUUGCUGUCAAAAUGGCCUUGGCUACUCUUUGUGGAGGAAAAAUCAUGGACAAAUUAAGAUAUAUUUUCUCCAUGAUUUCUGACUCCAGCGGGGUGAUGGUUUAUGGCAGGUACGACAUGUUUCUGCGUGAGGUUCUCAAGCUGCCCACCGCUGUCUUCGAGGGGCCUUCAUUUGGUUACACCGAGCAGUCAGCAAAAUCCUGUUUCUCACAGCAGAAAAAAGUCACAUUAAACACUUUCUUGGAUACUCUCAUGUCUGAUCCCCCACCACAGUGUCUAGUGUGGUUACCACUCCUGCAUCGACUGGCAAAUGUUGAAAAUGUCUUCCACCCCGUCGAGUGUUCCUACUGCCACAGCGAGAGCAUGAUGGGGUUUCGCUACCGCUGCCAGCAGUGUCACAAUUACCAGCUCUGUCAGGACUGCUUCUGGAGGGGCCAUGCCAGCGGUUCCCACAGCAACCAGCACCAAAUGAAAGAGUACACGUCAUGGAAAUCACCUGCUAAGAAGCUAACUAAUGCACUUAGCAAGUCUUUAAGCUGUGCUUCCAGCCGUGAACCUUUGCACCCAAUGUUCCCUGACCAGCCUGAAAAACCUCUAAACCUGGCUCAUAUUGUAGAUACUUGGCCCCCCCGACCUGUAACCAGCAUGAACGACACACUCUUCUCCCAUUCUGUUCCCUCAGGAAGUCCCUUUGCAAACAGAAGGUUACUUGGGGGUAUAAAUGCAGCCAGUCCUGUGGCUGAUGAGCAUUCUCUUAUAAAGCUGUAUGUAAAUCAGCUUCACAACAAUUCACGUUCUCCUUCCAAGAAUACUGAAGUAGAGCAGAGCAAACUGCUGGCUAGGGCUGCUCCAGCUUUCUUGAAAGGCAAAGGGUUGCAGUACAGCCUCGAUGUUGCAGACAGGCUGGCUGAUGAACAUGUGCUCAUCGGGGUGUAUGUCAACAUGCUGCAGAGCAGCCCAGCACGCGUCCUUGACAGUGCAAGUCGCCUGGAUGAAGAGCACAAGCUGAUCGCCAGGUAUGCAGCAAGGCUGGCAGCAGAAACUUCUUCAUCACAGCCGAGUCAGCAGAGAGGGGCAUCAGAUAUCUCCUUCACCAUUGAUGCAAACAAGCAACAAAGGCAGCUGAUUGCAGAGCUUGAAAAUAAAAACCGAGAAAUCCUACAGGAGAUCCAGAGGCUGCGACUUGAACAUGAGCAGGCGUCUCAGCCCACACCAGAGAAGGCCCAACAAAACCCCACUCUCCUUGCAGAGCUCCGACUCCUGAGGCAGCGGAAGGAUGAGCUGGAGCAGAGGAUGUCUGCUCUCCAGGAAAGCCGCAGGGAGCUCAUGGUUCAGCUAGAAGGACUCAUGAAACUGCUGAAGGAAGAAGAAUUGAAACAGACGCAGGGGGCAGGCUCCCCACGCUCCUCACCCAGCCACACCAUCAGCCGGCCCAUUCCCAUGCCCAUCAGGUCUGCCUCUGCCUGCUCCACCCCGACCCACGCGCCUCAGGACUCUCUGACCGGCGUGGGAGGAGAUGUGCAGGAAGCCUUUGCACAAAGUGCAAGAAGAAACUUGAGAAAUGAUUUGCUGGUGGCAGCAGAUUCAAUCACCAACACCAUGUCUUCUUUGGUAAAAGAACUAAAUUCUGAAGUGGGCAGCGAGACAGAGAGCAACGUGGAUUCCGAGUUUGGGCGGGCUCACUUUGAUGACCUGGUUCCCUCCCCGACGUCCGAGAAGGCUUUCCUGGCGCAGAUCCACGCCCGCAAGCCGGGGUACAUCCACAGCGCCGCUGCCACCGGCUCCAUCCGCAGUGACAUGGUUACAGAAGAUGGAGACCCUUACGUGAGAGCAGAUGAUGAAAAUUACGAGAACGACUCUGUCCGCCAGCUGGAGAAUGAGCUGAAGAUGGAGGAGUACCUGAAGCAGAAGCUGCAGGAUGAGGCGUACCAGGGAAGCUGCAGUCAGACAGACAAUGAAAGCUACGUAAGAACUGAUGAUGAGGAGAGCUGCUUUCGGACAGACGACGAAGAAAACUCAGCUGCGAACUUCACAGACGAGUGGAACCAAGAGGUGCAGCGUCUCUUGACAAAAAAAUCACAUAACUAAGUUCUGAGGACUGUAGCACAGUACUUUUGUUCUAAGAGUUGUAGUUUGUAGGUGUGUGUUUUUUGACAACAAGACUUUUGUUUCAAGCUAACUUAUAUUAGCUACAUCUCCUGUAACAUGGCUCAUUACCGGCGAAGCAGACAGACUGACGCGCGUGCUGCUGUCACACACGGCGGCUGUUAAUAACUCACGUGAACCCUUUGCACAUGAUAUUGAACCUGUUCAGUUUACAAUGACAAUACUGUUUAUAGUUAGAAAUUUGAUUUCUGAAUACUUUGAGAUUUUAGUAGAUCGGUUUACUAUACACUGUACAUUUUUUUUUUCCACGGGAGAAAUAAAAAGUGACAAUUAUGCAUUUAACACUGAAUGAUUAUACUCCUGAGUGUAUAUAUCUAGUAGCCCAAAAAACAAAGUACCAGACUAUAUUUGCAAUUUGUUUGCAAGUCUUUAAAUUAAGGCUUAUACAAAAUGUACUAAAAUAAUAUAAUUAAUAAUAAUAGUAAACUUCUCUAAUUUAGGGCUAAUGUGUAACUUAGGAAUGUUUCUUUCAAAAUAAUCUAACAAAUCAGCCAUAGAAGUUAGUGUAAAUAUUUUUUUUCCAAAUAGAUAUCAUAUACAAAAGGUGACAUUCAAAUGAUAUAGAAUCUAGUUUUUAAAUCAGCACAGAUCUUCUUAAAACUGUGAACUAUGUUUUGAAAUACUCGUUGCUAAAGCUGUUUAUAAACCACAGGUGCCAUAAGAUCCCUGAACUGACUGAUGUUACGUAUAAUCCUCCAUGGUAUUGUUUCAUUGAUGUUUUAGCUUUAGUAAGCAUGUGUUCAACAAACCAGCUCUUUCCAUCUCUCUGCCCCUCCUCUUCCUCCCCACCCCCUUCUAUAACGUUAUUUUCGAGGCCUUCAGCUUUAAAUGUACAGGCUUAAAGUGCGCUUGCAACUGUUUUCUUUUGAUUUCCGAAUGUGUACUGCCUUAGCCAGCCACCAGAUGUUCUGCAUGCCCUCUUGGAAAUGUGUGGUGACACUCUUUCAGAGCUGGAUGGAGAAACAGCGAUCAGUGAAAAGCACAAGAAGAGCAGUGGAUUUUUUUGAAAGGACAGGCAUAGUUACCGAAUUGGAGUUUCGUCAGGUUUAGUAUUUUUGCAGUAUCAAGGCAUUUCAGGGGAAAGGGGACUGACCUGGCCAUUGGGCAGGGAUAGGCAGUGAGGCUGCUGGCUAAAAAGCGUUUGCUCUGCUGUGACUACAAACCUACAGAUACUCCUGAGCAGGCACUGACACAAACUCGCACCAAGGUGCUCCCCAGAGCACCCUGCUCUAAAACAAAGGUGACACCUCUGUGGCACGUGGCACUGCCCUGCUGAGGAGCCAGAGCCAGGGACAGCUGGAGCAGCAGCUGGGCAGGGACACCAGGAGGUGUUCCAUGCUGGCCACCAGGCCCUCCUGAGCUGUGCGGUGUUAGCUCGGGGCCAGCUCUCUGCCAAGGUAACUUUACUGCCCUAAUACAGUGUCGGGCUUCCAGUACCUGGCUGACCUGGAGUGACACUGUCUAACAGCCCUGAAAACAGCGGUGUUUCAUACAGAUAUUUCACACCAGCACAGUUUGCCUACAGCAAGUGAUGAGAUACCCAUCUAAAGCAGGUUAGCGUGGCUUGUCUGUCCUUGCUUUCAUGGUGACGUGGAUGUGUGCUGCCGUAUUUACGUGAGAUUGCUAUGUAGCUCGACCCAGUCAGUCCACUUGUUUGCAUGCAUUCUCCAGGCUCGUGGCUGUUUCCCUGGGCACUAUGUGUUAGGGAAUGAGUAUCUGUAUGAAAGAGCUGCUGCCAUGUUUCACUUCCAUGUCAUUUUAUUGUGGAUGCAGAUCUCUUGUCUGUACAUCCUUGCGUACCUGGGCUUGCUCUCAGGCAUCCAAAUGCAUACUAAGGGAUCCAGAUAUCUUCAUGUAAGCUUUUUGUUUUUGCAGUCACUGGUCUUUGCUCCUGGGGUAUGUGCAGUCCUGGCAGGGCAAGCACCAUAUCCUCCACUGUCCCCUCUUCCAACCUCCUCUCAGGAAUGAGUUAGCCUCCACUAGUGCCUAGCACUCCAUGUUUUAAGCUACUCCAGUGAACCUGUAGACAUUGCUGUCAGCUCAGGAUUCCGGGCAAGCAUUUCCUGAACAGGGAGAAAACAAGCUAGAACACAGCUACGUGCAAUGGCUGAUUAAUUCAACCCAUGUCAUGUUUAACUGUACCCAAAGUAAUAGAUCCCUCUCAUCAUCUUAAUGUCUGCGUGCUCAUUAUCACCAUGCUUAAAAUAGAUGCACUAGACUAAAUCCAUUGCAAGAACUUCUGAACUAGGAGUAAGAACUGAAGUUGACUAAUCAAGCACCUUUCUUUUAGGCUGGGGUCAGCAAGAUGAUCCCUUAGAGCUAGAGUUCUGGGUCCCUUAUGCCCUGGCUCUCUGAGAUGAAGCACCUCUUACUUAGCUCUGCAAAUGUCUAUUUUAAGCAUUUUUCCAACUGUUAAGCUGGCUGCAUUUUCACCCAGCUGGUCUUUGUCUGUUUGUUGAAUAUUAUUUUGGCUGUGGUUUGCGGUCAUUAAAACAAACACAGUUACAGAAGAGGUCCCUGGUAUGACCCUUUUCUUAACUACCAAUGGCCCACCACAGCUGUCAAAACUCCGGGUGGUUUUAGUGUCACUGGAGGAAAACCAGUGGUUUGGAAUCAGGAGACAGGGAUGUGAAGAUGUAUAGGGUCCUUGAAUGUCCAAAGCAAUGGUGGAGAAUGGGUUGUCUGUAAGUAGUAAUGUUAACUAAACUGCAUAAAAAGGUGUGUGGCCUUUGUUGUGAUAUAAUAUGUAUUUUCUUAUAUGCAUGAGCCAAAUUGUUGCAUCAUAAUUUAUCAUAAGUGUGUCCUCCUUUACUUUCAGUCAUCAUCUUCUCCCAUCCUUAUUGGUUCUUGGCAAUUACUGUAGAUAGACCUUGUAAAUAUUGCAACCUCGGGUUGCUGUAAUCACAUUGGUUCAAUUCAGCAGACGGAGCUGUGAACAACAAGCACUCCACAGUGUCCUGAAGAAUAAAGGGCAUUUUUACCUUUGAACCAAAAAAAAAAAAAAAGAAGAAAAAAAAAAAAGUACGAAGAGUUACAUCUUGAGGCUACUAACUGCAACGCAUUUUUAAAACUACUGUACUUGACACCACUUGAGACAGAUACAGAGACACUAAAGAUGUCACGAUAUUCAUUGGUAUUGUAACAGAACUGCUAUUGUAUGGGGUUUUUGUAUUGCUGUUAAGUAUUGUUUUGUGUGUGUGUGUUGGAACCUACUGGGGACAUGUUAUAUUUUGAAGUGAUUAAACUAUUUAAUUGUGUGUCUA